AUGGAAGUAGGAAAGGAUGAUUUCAAGAAGAAAGAGCAAGUGGCAAUGGUCUUUUGGGGAAGAUGGAGGAUUUGCUGUAACAUGGGUGCAUUUGGGCUAGUCUAUCGGGGAGUUCUCAAGGAUGGGAGGAAGGUUGCUGUUAAGUUGAUGAAUAAGGCUGGAAAACAAGGAGAAGAAGAAUUUAAAGUGGAGGAGGAUUUAUUGGGUCGUAUGCGGUCGCCAUAUUUGCUCUCGAUGAUUGGCUAUUGUUCAGAAAGCAACCAUAAGUUGCUGGUCUAUGAGUUCAUGGCAAAUGGUGUUUCUAAUAAAAUUCCGUUGAAUCUGGGCUGGGGCACUUGGCUCAGAAUAGCUUUGGAGGCAGCUAAAGGUUUGGAGUUUCUCCACGAACAUUGGCCAUGUUUCAACUCGAGUAUUGGGCACCCGAAAUAUGUUGCACCUAAGUAUGCAUCAACUGGGCAUUUUACCAUGAAAUCAGACGUGUACAGUUAUGGAGUCGUCCUCCUGGAGUUGCUUACUGGCUGGGUUCCUGUCAAUAUGAAAAUGCCUCGAGGGGAAGAUGUUCUCGUGUCCUGGCUCACGGAUAGAGAAAAGGUUAUAGAUAUAAUGGACUCAGCUCUCGAGGGUCAAUACUCGAUGAAGGAGCUUUCUCCCACUUUUUAUGCUUCCACAUGCCCAAAUGUGCAGACAAUUGUUAGAAAUGCAAUGAGGACUGCUAUUAAUAAUGAAUUGAGGAUUGGUGCUUCGAUCCUUCGUUUGUUCUUCCACGAUUGCUUCGUGAAUGGAUGUGAUGGAUCCAUACUGUUGGACGACACUACGACAUUCACCGGUGAAAAGAAUGCAAAUCCAAACCGAAAUUCAGUACGCGGUUUUGAAGUGAUAGACACCAUCAAAACUCAAGUCGAAGCUGCCUGCAAUGCAACAGUAUCUUGUGCAGACAUUCUAGCCCUCGCCGCUAAAGAUGGGGUCGGCUUGCUUGGAGGACCAACAUGGACAGUGCCACUAGGCAGGAGAGAUGCAAGAACAGCCAGCUUAAGUGCAGCAAACAGCCAAAUCCCCUCUCCAUUCUCAAGCCUCUCGACUCUCAUCUCGUUGUUCAUGGCGAAAGGCCUUAAUGCACGAGACAUGACGGUUCUCUCAGGUGGCCACACCUUCGGCUUUGCGCAAUGCUCAACCUUCCGAACCCGCAUUUACAACGAAACCAACAUCAACCCGACCUUCGCAGCCAAUCGGAGAGGAACGUGCCCCUCCUCAGGCGGCAACACCAACUUGGCGCCUCUCGAUGUGCAGACUCCGAACCGGUUCGACAACAAUUACUACGGCAAUCUCAUGACUCAACGUGGGCUUUUGCACUCGGAUCAAGUGCUUUUCAAUAAUGGAUCACAAGAUGCAUUGGUUAGGCUUUAUAGCAGUGAUCUUGCUACUUUCAGAAGUGAUUUUGCAGCUGCAAUGAUAAAAAUGGGAAAUAUAAGCCCGCUUACUGGAUCAAAUGGUGAAAUUAGAAGGAAUUGCAGGAUUGUCAACUGA